GGUCCGCAGAGCAGCCCCUCCCGGCCUCGGCCGACCCCGGCCCCGGGCCAGGCUCUAUGGACAGGAGCUCGCUGCUGCAGCUCAUCCAGGAGCAGAGGGCCCCGCGGGGCAGCUGCCUGACUUUGGCGCCCCUUCCCUGAACGACCUUGGCUCCAGUGCAUGAGACCCCGACCCAGGAGAAGGUUGGCGCCACAGGCUUCAGGGGAAAAAAGCAGGGUGGUGGUUCUCAGACUUGGACCCUCCCCCUGGGUAGGGUGAAAAGGAGGUGGGGGAGCCACUGGACCCAGCCGUCGUGCCCUCCCAGAGCGCGGUGUUGAACUAGCUGGUCCCAGCAAAACAGGCAUUGGCUGGAGCGAAGGUCCAGAGCUCUCCCACCCAGCCUGGCUCAGCCUUGUGGUCUGGGGUUGGCACACCCUCAGGCCUGCGGCUCCCCCACCUCAGCAGCUGGAUCCUGAGAACACAGGCUUCAUUGGAGCGGACACCUUUGCUGGUCUGGUGCAUAGCCAUGAGCUGCCCCUGGACCCCGCCAAGUUGGACAUGCUGGUGGCCUUGGCCCAGAGCAACGAGCGCGGCCAGGUCUGCUACCAGGAGCUGGUGGACCUGGUCAGUGCCACGGCCCCUGCCCCUCAGAUCAGUAGCAAGCGCUCCAGUAGCUUCAAACGGGCCAUUGCUAAUGGACAGCGGGCACUGCCCCGGGAUGGGCUGCUGGAUGAGCCGGGCCUGGGCGUCUACAAGAGGUUUGUGCGUUAUGUGGCUUACGAGAUCCUGCCCUGUGAGAUGGACCGCCGUUGGUACUUCUAUCGGCACCGCAACUGCCCACCCCCCGUGUUCAUGGCCUCUGUCACCCUUGCCCAGAUUAUUGUGUUCCUGUGCUAUGGGGCACGACUCAACAAGUGGGUGCUGCAGACCUACCACCCCGAAUACAUGAAGAGCCCUCUUGUGUACCACCCUGGACACCGCGCACGAGCCUGGCGCUUUCUCACCUACAUGUUCAUGCAUGUCGGGCUGGAGCAGCUGGGGUUCAAUGCCCUUCUGCAGUUGAUGAUUGGGGUGCCCUUGGAGAUGGUGCAUGGCCUACUCCGUAUCAGCCUGCUCUACCUAGCGGGCGUGCUGGCAGGCUCCCUGACGGUCUCCAUCACUGACAUGCGUGCCCCCGUAGUGGGGGGCUCUGGUGGGGUUUACGCACUCUGCUCAGCACACCUGGCCAACGUUGUCAUGAAUUGGGCUGGGAUGCGGUGUCCCUACAAGCUGCUGAGGAUGGUGCUGGCCUUGGUGUGCAUGAGUUCCGAGGUGGGCCGGGCUGUGUGGCUGCGCUUCUCCCCGCCGCUGCCUGCCUCUGGCCCACAGCCCAGCUUCAUGGCACACCUGGCUGGCGCAGUAGUGGGCGUGAGCAUGGGCCUCACCAUCCUGCGCAGCUAUGAGGAGCGCCUGAGGGACCAGUGCGGAUGGUGGGUGGUGCUGCUCGCCUACGGCACCUUCCUGCUCUUCGCCAUCUUUUGGAACGUCUUUGCCUACGACUUGCUGGGUGCCCACAUCCCUCCUCCACCCUGACCUGCUCCCCAAGGCCAUAUGGCUAGAGUCUGGCCUACAGUGGGCCAGUCACCAGGUGGGCCUGCAUGUCUGCCCUCGGAAUGGACCUCUCAGGGCUGCUUCUCUCCGCAGGGGCAGGUGGGCCCUGUGGUCUACUGGGUUGAAGCCAGGUCUCAACACAGCCUUGGCUGUCCCCUCCCAAGCUGGGUGGAGGGCUGCUCAACCAGGGCUGGAGGGUUCUGAAUGUGGUCCCAGAAGAGACCCCAUCCCACUUAACCACCCUGGAAGGACUUGCAGUCUGAGCCUUUUUGGAGAAUGAAUAAAUAUUUUACAUGGCAUUAGGCAGCUA